AUGGCGUUUCAUGGCGACAGCAAGGAGGCUGUGUUCAAGAAUGCUUCCGCAAGCGUCGAGGGUGACGGCCAGUCCCCAUCGUCCCUUCAUAGCCCUAGCUUAACCUUCGACGAUGUCAUCCAAGCAAAGCCAAGUCGGACGUGGAAAUCGUACGUCUGGGACAGUCUCGACAAAUCUCCCGAAGAGCGGAGGUUCCUGUUCAAGCUUGACGCCGCCGUCCUCACGUUCGCAUCUCUGGGGUAUUUCAUCAAGUACCUCGACCAAAUCAACAUCAACAAUGCCUUUGUGAGUGGAAUGAAGGAAGACUUGGGUCUGUAUAAAAACCAGCUGAAUUACAUGCAAACAUGCUGGACGGUCGGAUACGUCCUGGGCGAAGUGCCAUCAAACAUGGUUCUCACCCGCGUCCGUCCGAGCAUAUGGAUCCCGACGAUGGAACUAAUCUGGACAAUACUCACGUUCUGCACGUCCAAAUGCAAUAGUGCAGGCUCAAUCUACGCCAUCCGCUUCCUCGUGGGUCUUGCAGAGUCCACGUUCUACCCUGGCAUGGUUUACGUGAUUGGAUCAUGGUACCGACGAGACGAACUUGCGAAGCGAUCCUGCAUUUUCCACACCAGCUCCGCCAUAGGGAGUAUGUUCUCUGGCUACCUGAUGGCGUGCGUUCAUCAUUUGGGCGGAAGAGGUGGUCUGAAAGGAUGGCAGUGGCUUUUCGUAGUCGACGGCGUCAUCUCCCUACCCGUCGCCCUCUCGGGCUACUUCCUGCUACCUGAUGUGCCAGAGAUAACAAGGGCAUGGUACUUUAAGCCUCACGAGCGUGAGUUCGCGAAGAAGCGCAUGAAGCUCGAAGGCCGUGCCGACCGCGCCCCUUACACCAAGGCCAAAUUCAAGAAGAUCUUCACCUCGUGGCACAUCUACUUUUUGGUGCCCCUGUACAUGCUGUUCAACAAUGCGGGCUCGGGCGUCUCUCAGCCCACGUUCGCGCAGUACCUCAAGCACUCGAAGAGUCCCAAAUACACCGUCUCGCAGAUCAACGUCUACCCGACGACGACGUACGCGGUGCAAAUCGUCAGCACUCUCGUGUACGCGUGGACGUCGGACACCAUAUUCAAAGGCGCGCGAUGGCCGCCCAUCUUGUUCGGUGCGUCGGUGAAUAUCGUCAGCUACGCCAGCCUGGCCGUGUGGGAUAUCCCCACGGGGUGGCACUGGGCGUGUUACAUGCUCGCUGGAUGCGGUGGCGGGUUGAGCGGGUUGUGCAUGGCGUGGGCUCACGAGAUUUGUUCCGAAGACAACGAGGAGCGAGCCAUCGUCACGGGGUCCAUGAACGAGAUCGCGUACGUGUUCCAGGCCUGGCUGCCGCUCGUCGUUUGGCAGCAGAUCGACGCGCCAGAGUACCAUCGGGGGUUCGUGACGUCGGCAUGCCUGUCUGCAGGAUUGAUUGUAGUUGCACUGGCCAUACGCUGGCUGUGGAAGUGGGAGCUCGAGCGAAAGAAGCACAUCAGCCUUGCCUGA